UUGAUGGUGAAGUCUAUUCCUGGUAGUGUUUAUCAGGCAGGAACUUUAGUCAUUGGAGGGCUGUUCCCUGUUCAUGUGAAGGCACCAAAGCCUGAGUUGGAGUUUCGGAUGGAGAAGGUUAAUGCUUCCUGUGAAAUUUUUAACCAGCGAGCUUAUCGCUGGCUUCAGACAAUGAUCUUUGCAGUGGAAGAAAUUAACAAUAACCCCAACCUUCUGCCCAAUGUCACCCUUGGCUAUCUGGCAGCUGACACUUGCCUAGCAGAGAGCACCACUCUGUUAGCAGCCAUGGCUAUGGUAACUGGACAAGAAGUUCAUUUAGCAAAUUCAGAAUGUGGAUCUGUGCCGAUGGUGCCAGUUAUUGUUGGUGAUGCAAGCACUUCAGCCUCCAUUGUUGUGGCAAACACCCUUGGGGUGUUUCAUAUACCCAUGGUAAGCUACUUGGCCUCCUGUAUGUGCUUGAGUGAUAACAGCAGGUAUCCUCUGUUCUUCCGCACAAUGCCCAGUGAUGCAGCACAGGCGUGGGCCAUGGCUGAGCUGCUGCGCCUGAUGGGGUGGACUUGGGUGGGGCUGGUGUCUGCGGAUGAUGAUUUUGGUCGAUUUGGGAUUCAGAUGUUAAUGGAUGCGCUUAGGGGAACUGAAGUGUGUGUUGCCUACCAUGAAGUCAUUCCAAAGGAUUAUCCAAAGAUGACAAUGCAAAGGAUUGUUAAAAACAUCCAAAAAUCCAAUGCCAGAGCUGUGGUAACAUUUCUUAUAGGUCAGGAUGCAAAGGCUUUGUUUGAGGAAGUGGUCCAUCAGAAUGUAACAGAUAAGCAGUGGAUUGCUAAUGAUGCUUGGGUUACUUAUGGUACGGUCUCCGUCCCUCAUAAUAUCCCUUCGUUGGCUGGGACAAUAGGAUUUGCUCUGCGGAAGGCUGAUAUCCCAGGCCUGGGAGCCUUUCUGGCUCACAUUAAAUCCAGGAUGAGUUCACCCAACUUUGAUCCUUUCAUGAAAGAACUCUGGGAAGAAUUGUUUGGAUGCUCCCCAAGUGCCGACCUGAGGGGGACAUUGUGUUCAGGCUCAGAGGUCAUAGGAAUUGGGGAGAGUUUGUACACAGAUGUGUCCCAGCUAAGAAUUACAUAUAAUGUCUACAAGGCUGUAUAUGCUAUUGCUCAUGCCAUAAAUGAUAUGAUGGCCUGUGAACCUGGAAAAGGUUACUUCCUUAAAGGCCAGUGUCCAGAUGUCCAGAGGCUUCAGCCUUUACAAAUAGCCCACUACCUGAGAGAGGUGAACUUCACCACACCUUUAGAGGAAUGGAUAAACUUUGAUGAGAACGGUGACCCGCCUGCUUCUUACGAUAUCAUCAAUUGGCAUGUGACUGCAGAGCGGACAAUAGAGUUUGUCACUGUUGGCCAUUUUGUGUCUUCUCAAGGGUCAAAUGGCCAGUUUCACAUUGACAUGGACAGAGUAGUGUGGGGAGGAGGAAGCAGACAAGAGAUGCCUGUGUCUGUGUGUAGCAGUCCUUGUCCUCCUGGUACAAGGACAGUUUUGCAGAAAGGGAGACCUGUUUGCUGCUUUGACUGCCUGCCUUGUGCAGAGGGAAAAAUUAGUAACCAGACAGGAUCACUGGAGUGUAUUCAGUGUCCUGAGCGGUUCUGGUCCAACUCAAAUCAUACAGUCUGCAUUCCCCAGCCAGUGGAUUUCCUCUCUUACACUGACACAAUGGGGAUUGUUCUCUCCAUUGUCUCUGCUGUUGGAGCAACACUGACAGCUGCCACAUUUGCAACCUUCUUUUACUACCGACACACACCUUUGGUGAGAGCCAACAACUCAGAGGUGAUCUUUAUGCUCCUGAUGUCACUCAAGUUGUGCUUCCUAUGUGCCCUGGCUUUCAUUGGACAGCCAGUGGUUUGGUCGUGUAUGCUGAGACAUACACUGUUUGGAAUCAGCUUUGUGCUGUGUAUGUCCUGCCUGCUGAGCCGCACUUUGGUGGUCUUGGUGGCCUUCCGUUCCACACUGCCAGGGGAAAACCUGAUACGUUAUGUUGGCCCUGUUCAGCAGAGGUUAGGCAUCUCCAUCUGCACCCUAGUACAGGUGCUGAUCUGUGUGCUGUGGCUGACCUUUGCGCCUCCCCAGCCUGCAGAAAGAGACAUCAUGGACAACUGGGGACCCAAGAUUGUUCUUGAAUGUGCUAAUGGCUCUGUUGUGGGCUUCUCACUUGUUCUGGGCUACAUUGGCCUGCUGGCCUUUGUCUGCCUCGUCCUGGCCUUCCUAGCGAGGAAACUUCCUGACAACUUUAAUGAAGCCAAACUGAUCACCUUCAGCAUGCUGAUCUUCUGUAAUGUCUGGGUGGCCUUUGUACCUGCCUAUAUUAGUUCUCCUGGGAAGUACACUGUCGCAGUGGAGAUUUUUGCCAUCCUUGCCUCAAGUUAUGGCCUUCUGUUGUGCAUCUUUGCUCCAAAGUGUUUCAUUAUCCUCCUGAGGCCUGAGAAAAACACAAAAAAACACAUAAUGACCAGAUAG